CUAUUCACACAUUCUAGCGUGGCAAGCAAAUCCACUCGCUACCAACAAGUACUUACCUAUCCAUCUUCAACAAAUCCUUUGCGCUUUGCUUUGACAAUCAAAUUCAUUCUCAUCUUUCCAAUGGCUCUGUGCUUAUCGAAAUCUAGAAAAUUUUUGGCCCAUCUGAAACCAAAAAUGGGUGUUUUGGGAAUGAUGAACCUCAGUUCUUGGAGUUCUUGUUUGUCCCGAAAGCAGGCUUCUUUAUCCGGAAAUGGCAGAAUCCCACAUGCAUUUUUCUGGAAUAGGCCGCCCCUUUUCACGUCUCGUCGUUUUGAAUCUGUUAAAGCUGAUAUACAAUUGGGUUCUCUGCGUCCUGCUGGUGAUCCUCAGGUACUGAAUUUCCCUGGGGGAAUAGUUAAAUUUACUCCAGAAUUGAAAUUCCUAUCUGACUUUCCAGAGGAGAGGAUUCAUUGCUACCGAGUUCUUGAUGACAGUGGGCAGCCAAUAAGCAACAACUUUGUGCAGAUAGACAAGGACGUUGCUGUGAAGAUGUACAAAGACAUGGUCACGUUUCAAACCAUGGACACCAUCUUCUAUGAAGCCCAGAGGCAGGGAAGAAUUUCGUUUUAUGUCACUGCAAUUGGAGAAGAAGCCAUAAACAUUGCAUCUGCAGCUGCACUCACAAUGGAUGAUAUUGUCUUUCCUCAGUAUAGGGAGGCUGGAGUCCUACUGUGGAGGGGAUUUACCCUGCAAGAAUUUGCAAACCAGUGUUUUGGAAACAAAGGUGACAAUGGCAAAGGGAGGCAGAUGCCUGCUCAUUAUGGAUCCAACAAGCACAACUAUGUCACAGUUGCUUCGACAGUUGCUACUCAAAUUCCCCAUGCCGUUGGUGCUGCCUAUUCACUGAAGAUGGAUGGAAGAGAUGCUUGCACGAUUACUUAUUUUGGCGAUGGAGGCACUAGUACGGGAGAUUUUCAUGCUGCUUUAAAUUUUGCUGCUGUUAUGGAGGCACCUGUCAUACUCUUUUGCCGAAACAAUGGAUGGGCCAUCAGCACCCCAGUUAGUGAUCAGUUUCGAAGUGAUGGUAUUGUUGUCAGAGGUCAGGCCUAUGGAGUCCGUAGCAUCCGAGUCGAUGGUAAUGACACACUCGCUGUGUUCAGUGCUGUUCAUGUGGCACGCAAAAUGGCAAUUUCUGAAUCUAGACCUGUUCUAAUUGAGGCCCUCACAUACAGAGCAGGACACCACUCCACAUCAGACGACUCUUCCAAAUAUCGUCCAAUUGAAGAGAUAGAAUGGUGGAGAGCAGCUCAAGAUCCAGUCGCAAGGUUUAGGAAAUGGCUUGAAGGACAAGGUUGGUGGACUGCUCAAUCCGAGAUUGAACUCCGGGACCGCGCCCGUCAGGAGGUUCUACAUGCAAUUCAAGUUGCAGAGAAGGUCGAGAAACCUCCUAUAAGAGAAAUUUUCACAGAUGUGUACGACGUUCCGCCUUCAAACCUCCGGGAUCAGGAGAAAUCACUUAGAGGGACCAUUGAACGGCAUCCGCAGGAUUAUCCUCAUUUUCCAUUGUAGAUAACUACUCAAUGGCAUCAUAUUUGACCUUUAGGCCGUUAUCCUGGAAAAUACUGACAUUGGCUGCAGCUAUUCAUGAUGGUGAUAAUUUAUUCUAGAAAUCUUGUAAAUCCACCCUUUCCAUAAUAUGUUUCAGGAACUCAUAAAAUCCUGAUAGGGUGUCAGAAUGAAAUAAGCAUCUUGAAUUUAAUGGAGUUGGCGGACUAUCCCCAGAGCAUUCUAAAUUGCUUUA